AUGAGGGCUUUGGUAGUUCUGGGGUUGGUAGCCCUCGUGGCUGUAGUCUCCGCUAGAGACAUGAGGGAGAAGAGAUCGGCUGAUCUUGAAGCAGCAGCGUCGGGUCACGGCUGGGACAAGGGUGGUGGUCAUGAACAUCACGAGCAUCAUCAUCAUGAGCACGGCGACAAGGGACAUAAAGGACACAAGGGUCACCAUGAAGAUUUCCACGGCAAGAAAGGUCAUCACCACCAUGAAGGACAUAAAGGCCAUCAUGGUGAACACGGAGGGCACAAGAAACAUCAUCACCAUGAUGAUGGGUACCAUCAUCACCAUGAACAUGGUGAGAAGGGUGAACACGGUCACGGACACGAGGAACAUGGCCACUGGCACAAAGGACACGACACAAAGGGACAUCAUGGUGUCGAGAAACACGACGAAUUCAAAAAGGACAAGCACUUCCAUGAUCAUCACGGAAAGAAGGGGCAUCACGAGCACCACGGAGGUCACCACGAAGAGGGUGGUUACAAGAAGGGGGGUGAGUUUCACAAAGGUCACAAGCACGGCGGACACCAUGAGCACCACCAUGGUAAGAAGGGUCACCAUGAGAAGGGAGGACAUCAUCAUGACCACAAGGGUCACCACGGUGAAGGCGGUCAUCAUGAGCAUUGGCACCAUCACCACGACCACGACAAAAAGGGUGGACACGAAGACCAUAAGCACUGGGGACACAAAUCUGGGCAUUAA